AUGGGGUGUCUAGUCCUGACCUUUCGGGAGAUCUGGAAUCGUAGUUUCUGCCGGCCUCUGGAGCAGCUGGUGGAUGUCAUUACCGAGUUCCCCAAUGAGGUGGAGUACAUUUUCAGACCCUCCUGCGUCUCCCUGCAGCGCUGUGGAGGCUGCUGUGGGGAUGAGGGUCUCCGCUGCGUCCCCGUGGAGACGAGCACAGUCACCAUGCAGCUCCUGAAGAUAAAGCCAAAUGGGGAGGCACCCUAUGUGGAGAUGGCGUUCACCGAGCACAAGCAGUGUGAGUGCAGGCCCCGGCAGGACCUGAUGAGGUUGGGAAGGAGGAGGUCCAAGGACCGAGGUAAGAGAAGACAAGACAAGAAGAGACGUAAAGACUGUGAACUAUGUGGCACACCACGCAGGUAGCCUCCACUCUGCCCCCGGCUUCGCUCCUGCCGCCUGGGUUUGAGCCAGCUGUGUUUCCCCUCCCAGUGUGGGGGACUUGCAGAGCCGUGCCCCUCCAAGCAGCAGCAGGGAGCAGGACUCCGGCAGGAAAGAGCUGACUGGACUCUUGCUUGGCCCUUGCGGGAACACAGCCUGGAACCGAGGACUCCCUUGCCCUAUCUGCACUGUCGGCAGCAUGACCAGGCCUGGGGCUGAAGAUGAGGAGCUCAAGCAGUGCAUUGGUGUUUGAGGGCAUCCUGGAGGCAAUGAGGAGUGGAGCUGGUGGGCGUGCUGCUGGAGCUGGCUGGGGACAGCGUGAUG